GUUAAAACUGUUUUAACACGGUCACACUGUUCUUCUCUUUGUUCGGGUCGCUUUGAAAAUUAUGUAUUCAAAUGAAAUUUUUUUAGUAAAGUCGUCGGCGACUUGCAAUAUUUGUACAUAUAUGUAUGUAUGUACAUGGACUUUAACUCAAUACAGUGUUGACAAUAUUCCUGAAGUUUUACCGUUAAGGUAUAAUUAUAUUGAAUUUAUUAAGAGUUGCGGCAAUAUCGUUUAAGGCAAAACUUUGUUAUUAAACACAUUUAAUAAUUCUGUAUGGGAAAACACGAAAUGUAAUAAACUAAUUUAUAACAAUCUAAAUAAAAUCGGCUUUAAUAACUAGCAUUACCAAGCGCACUAUGGUCGGUUCUCAAGAAAAAAAAAACAAUCAUAUCGAAUUAUCUGAAACACAUACGAUAGACAAAAAUAGCGCAUAUACAACUGAAAAUAAUUUAAACACAACCCCUCUGGAAAACAUACAACUCUCAAAAUCACUUUCCCCUCCUACAUCAUUACCUCAGAUACAAAUUCCGAUGAUUAACCAAAAUUCCACACAUACUGGUAUCGCUCAAAAUAAUCCUGAAAAACCAAAUCGUCAUCCAUAUCGGGACAGUGGAUUACAAUAUUUCACCCGAUGCUUUGAACCAUUGGCAAUGAUUAAUGAUAGUAAAGAAGACUUGCCCACGCAGCCAUCAAAUAAUAUUGCCAAUUACACUGGAGAUAUUCAAAUUUUACCCAUUUUCGAUUGCUGCGAAAUUUCGGAGUCUAUUCAAGCUAUAUCGUUACCCAUUGUAACAUCUCCAUCAAAGACAACAGAUGUUCCGGGGUUGUAUUUGCGUACGAUUUCGGAAAAUUCUAAAUUAAAGUCGGAACCCGAAUGUGAAUCGCUAAUUUUAGUCAAAGAAUCUUCUGCAAUGGAAAACCAAACGAUUUUAUUUCACGAGCAAAUUAUUAUGUCUGGCCAACAAAAAUGUGAAUUACAGGAGAAACCGAAGGUUCUGGUCGUUUCCCCACAACAAGUAAUGAUUUUAUAUAUGAAUAAACUAACUCCAUACGAGCGAACAGAAAUACUAACUUAUCCGCAAAUAUAUUUUAUUGGCGCCAACGCUAAAAAGCGCCCAGGAGUCUAUGGCCCAAAUAAUUCUGAAUACGACAAUGAACAAGGUGCUUACAUCCAUGUACCGCAUGAUCACGUAGCAUAUCGGUAUGAAAUGUUAAAGAUAAUCGGAAAAGGUAGCUUUGGACAGGUCAUUAAAGCGUAUGAUCAUAAAACUCACGAACAUGUUGCCUUAAAAAUAGUGCGCAAUGAAAAGCGGUUUCACCGCCAGGCCCAAGAGGAAAUUCGCAUUCUUCAUCAUUUACGGCGUCACGAUAAAUAUAAUACUAUGAACAUCAUACACAUGUUUGAUUACUUUACUUUCCGCAAUCAUACAUGCAUUACAUUUGAACUGCUCAGCAUAAAUCUUUACGAAUUAAUUAAGAAAAAUGGAUUUAAAGGCUUCAGUUUGCAGCUGGUGCGAAAGUUUGCACAUUCUUUGCUACAAUGUUUGGAUGCACUUUAUAAAAAUGAUAUUAUUCAUUGCGAUAUGAAACCAGAAAAUGUUCUACUGAAGCAACAAGGACGUUCUGGUAUAAAGGUAAUUGACUUUGGGUCGUCUUGCUUCGAGAACCAGCGUAUAUACACAUACAUCCAGUCACGUUUUUAUCGCGCUCCAGAGGUAAUUUUGGGGGGGAAAUAUGGCAGAGCUAUCGACAUGUGGUCGUUGGGUUGUAUUUUAGCAGAGCUGCUUUCAGGCCAUGCAUUGUUUCCUGGUGAAAACGAAAGCGAUCAGUUGGCUUGCAUUAUUGAAGUUUUAGGAAUGCCCAAUAAAAAUAUACUAGCCAGCUCGAAGAGGUCAAAAUCGUUUUUCAGUCCAAAGGGGUAUCCUCGAUAUUGUACUGUUCGAACCAUGUCUGAUGGAAUGGUGGUCCUAAUCGGCGGACAGUCACGUCGUGGAAAACAAAGAGGCCCGCCAUGCUCAAAAAGCUUAUCUAAGGCGCUGGAUGGAUGCAAAGAUCCCCUCUUUCUUAAUUUUAUACGUGGUUGCCUUGAAUGGGAUGCAGACAAGCGAUUAACACCUUCAGAGGCUCUAAAACAUCCAUGGCUUCGCCGUCGCUUACCGAGACCGCCAAGUAGCUCAAGUGGCUGUGGUGGGGUGAGUGGAUUAUGUCCUAGUAGAAACGAAUCCCCAGUUACAGGGCAAAAUAGGAACUUCGCAGCAGAAAUAACUACAUCAUCAACGUCUGCUACAUCUAUAUCUUUAACGAUUAAAAAGGAAAACAGCCAUUCCAGUCUUCGUCUCCACCAUGGUGCUGUUGCAGAAACGGAUUUCAAACUUAAAAAAUCCGUUCCAGAGGGAUCAUCAACCGCAACAAAAGAACCUAUGAUGAACAGUGAUAUUCUUCUAGAAAGUUUUAGACAAGCAACUGUUGUAUCACCACGUUUACCAUCAAAACAUUCUGCUGACUCCGGCGGAAUGAGUUGUCUUAGCGCUGUGGAUGUGGGGCCAUCGAGAUAUUAUCCGUAUAUGAAUAACAAUGAAAAUAACAGGUUAUUCUCAAGCUCGUUAAACAGCUCGGCCAACUCAUUGUCACAUUUGGAGCAAGCCACAAAAUUAGAUGCUUUGGGAGAAUACUCGGCGACAACACCAAAUUUACUAUCGAAAAAUACUGGCUGCUCGUUUAACUCAGGUUCUAUGAACAUCGAUGUUGCACAAGAGUCUUUGGUUAAUAUAGCUAGUAAUUACGCAUUGGAUAAGUCUAUUGACAUUAUUGGAAAAUCAAAUGUGUCGCUUCAUACGAAUAAAUUAAAAGUACAAUCGAAUGAUAUGUAGCUAAUUUAUGACAAUAUGCAAUAAGUCAUUUAAGAGAUAAGAAGCAGAUCUUUAUUUUGUUAUCAAAUUAUUUGACAAUGCACUGCCAUACAAGUGAUAAACUAAAUAAGUCUUGGCCCUUAUUUGCAUUACUAUAGACGAAAAUGGACAGAAAAGAUCUCACAAAGAUAAAUUAAAUUAUAUGCAUUUUAAUUAAAACAAGGAAAAAAAGCUUUGUUUGACUAGCCGAAGAUUAUUUACCCUUGCAGUUAAUACCAUGAUUUCGUUAUUGAAAUUUAACUCUGAGACUUGUGUUUUUCGAAUGGUGACUAUUGCAAGAUAAUCUAUGUUUUAGUUGACAAAUUUUUUUAUUAGUCAAAUCGUUGAUGUUAAAAAAAAAUGACACAGAAAGAGUUAUAAAAUAAUAUACUCAUCCAAUUUGUACAUUAAUUAUUAAUUAUUAUUAUAAUUUUCAAAACAGUGAUCUUUGCCAAUUUUUUAUUAAUUAUUUAACAAUUUUCAAAACAUGGUUCUUUGCAAAGGUAGAUAGACCAACAAAGAAAGCUUUGUUCGGCAAGCUUAUAUGCCCUUGCAGUUAAUAACUCAUUUAAAUUAUAUAAAAAGCACGGUUUUAAUAAAGUUUAACUCCGAUUA